AUGGAGCCGCUGGAGGCGAACGGCAGCUGCGGCAACGGGGGGGGGAGGUCACUGGUCACCCUUUCGUGCCUUUCCCACCGGGUCGUGUGCCGGGUGAUCGGCAAUGCUGACCCAGCUGACUCUGUCCAGGACAAUGGGACUUCGGAUGACUUCUGGGUAACUCGGCUGGAAAGCAAUUAUGGGUUCUACAUCGGCCUGGGCUUGGCUGUCUUCUCCAGCUUCCUCAUCGGAAACAGCGUCAUCCUCAAGAAGAAGGGGCUGCUACGGCUGGUGGAGAAGGGAGGCACCAGGGCAGGAGAUGGAGGCCACGGCUACCUAAAGGACUGGCUCUGGUGGGCUGGCUUGUUAACCAUGGGUGGAGGGGAAGCUGCCAACUUUGCCGCCUAUGCCUUUGCUCCUGCAACUAUUGUCACGCCUCUGGGGGCUCUGAGUGUGCUCAUAAGUGCCAUCCUGUCUUCGUAUUUGCUUGGAGAACGGCUCAACCUGCUGGGAAAGCUGGGCUGCAUGCUCAGCCUUGUGGGCAGCACCGUGAUGGUGAUACACGCCCCAGAGGAUGAGGAGGUCACCACUCUGGAUGAAAUGUCUUCUAAGCUGAAAGAGCCAGGUUUCCUCGCUUAUGCUGCGAUCCUCUUGGCUGUCUGCUUCCUCCUGAUCUUCUACCUCGGACCCCGCUAUGGCCAGAGCAACAUCCUCGUCUACCUCACCAUCUGCUCUGUUAUUGGUGCCUUCUCCGUGUCCUCGGUCAAGGGCCUGGGUAUUGCCAUCAAGGGCUUCUUUGCUGGCCGGCCUGUGCUGCAGCACCCAUUGACGUGGAUCCUAGUCAUCACGCUGGUGGCAUCCAUCACUACACAAAUUAACUACCUCAAUAAGUCUCUAGACAUUUUCAAUACCUCUUUGGUGUUUCCCAUCUACUAUGUGCUGUUCACCACCAUCGUCAUCACAACUUCCAUCAUCCUCUUUAAGGAGUGGGUCACCAUGACCGUAGUUGACAUCAUCGGAACAGUUUGUGGCUUCCUCACCAUCAUUUUGGGGGUAUUUUUACUCCAUGCCUUCAAAGACAUGGACGUCAGCUUAGGGAGUCUACGACAAGUACUCCAGAGCGGAGAGCAAGCGCCGGUCACCCGAGAUGACAAGAACAUCCUGAUAGAGGUGGACAACUCCAGCAUCGCCCCAGAGGAUAAACCCAAAGUAUUCAUGAUCUAUACCUAG